AUGGGUCAUUUUCAUGUAGCUGAAUUAGCGGUCGCUUUUUGGAUGGCAAAAGAUUUUCAUACAAGAUUUACAUGUGUCUAUAAUGGUAAACCAGGUGAUGGUGGUAAUGUUCUUAGUCAUAAUAUUUGGACUGAAGAGAAUGUUGUGUUUACAAUAAUUCUUAUAAUAACUUAUUUUCUUUCGCCUGUUGGUUUAACAAUUUAUUUUUUGGCUACAAGAACUUAUUUUCAACAAUUUGCCGCUUCUCAACCUAUUAAUUGGAGAAAUCCUCAGAACUUGAAGAUAAAGAAAAUCGUUUCGGCUGUUGAUUAUCGACUCUUGUUCAAGAGAACUAUUCGAUUUGAUGAUUCUCUUCCAGAUAAUUUACGCACAUUCUAUCGAUUUAUUAGAGGAUUAAUUGGUGGCUUCUUGGGUUUUAUUGUCUUGGGUUUUUAUGCAAUAUAUAUUGUAUAUUGUCUUAUUUUUCAUCGCAAGAAGACAUCUGCUAUAGAGAAUUCUCCUCGAUGGCCUCCAGCAUCUGUUCGAGCUCAUACAAUUGAAUCGUUUUGGCAUUCGAUUAUUACACCUAUAGAAAAUCGUGAUUGGUUAUGGAAGGUCAAGUCGUACUGGCUACAAAUAUGUACAUUUAUAUUAUUUGCUCCAAACGGCGAGAAUCCAUUUGCUCUUUUUCGUGCAAUGCAACAUGAUUUUGCAGAAAGUUUAGGAGAAGAAAGUACAGCUGGUUUCUUUCCAUUUGGAGAUGGUGUCGGUGUGGCUAACUAUAAAUACGUAAAAGCUUAUCUACAAAGCCGUGAUCCACUUAUUAUGAAAGAUUUUCAAACAAUUGGUUGGUCUGUAUCAAGUUCAUUAAUUAAAUACUGCGAAUCUAAUCAUAUCUUCUUGCCGAAUCCAAGUCAUCCUAUGCCAGAUCAUCAUUUACUUAGCCGUAAAAUUAUUCAUCAAUGGUUGGCAGCAUUUCCUCAUACUUUAAAGAAUCUACACGAUUCAUGCUCCGAGAGAAACACAGCAACUUAUCGUUAUUUGACUCGAAUUGUUCCACGACAUCCAAAAAGUGAAGCAAAUAAGGAAAUGAUAUAUUUAGCUGUAGGUGAAACGCUCUUCUUUUUGGCUACGGGUGGUUCGUUAACAAGUGAUGAACGUGAUGCUUAUCUUGAUUGUGUAAAAAAUCCAUUCACAUUUCUACCUGAUUGGUUCAACUUUUUAGUUGCAGGCCAUUAUAAAGAAAAUAUAGGUUAUGAAAGUUAUGGAAAAUUUCAAGCAGCAUUUGCUCGUCAUGCACAAGGACCUGCAUUACAAGCAGCUUUUGAAGCAGCUGGAGGAAAAUUGUCCAAAAGUGAAGUAAUACGAUUAGUAACUAUGGCUUUUUGUUUGGGUGCAGCACCCGCACCAGCUAAACUCACUGCGGACAUCGUUCAUAGAUUAUGGUCAGAUCAAUCAGAUGAAAUUUUAGCUGGACAAGAUGCUUAUAAGCAAGAAAAAAUGGUGGAUCUAUUCUACGAGAAUCCUCGAAAUUUUAUCAAAGAAUCUGCUCGACUUUACACAGUUCUACCAAUGGUUAGUGUUCUUUCCAAUGCACGUAUAGCCAACGAUGUGAAAACUCAUACUGGAGCAGAUUUACCAGCCAAUACACGCAUUCAUUGUUCUCUUACCGAUGCGAAUCGUGAUCCAAACGAAUUUACAUCGCCAGAUGAAUUUAAUCCUAGACGUUCGGCUAUUGAAUUGGGUAAAAUUAUUACAUGGAAUGGAGUCGAGAGUGACAUCGAAGGAAAGAAUAAAGAAUUGCGACCUCCUCGUUACUGUCCUGGACAUGAUUUAUCUAUACUAGUUAUGAAAUUUGUCGCAUCCAGAUUUGCACCUGUUAUGAUCUCACGUAAUCAAGAAUCUCAACGUUCAAUGCAAGUCAAUGGCAUUGAGUUAAUGUCACUUAACUCCCUUGUUAAGCCUAAGUUGUAUGUGGAAAAUUCGCUCUCUGAUGGUAAAAGUAGACAUCCUGACGAUGAAGAAUCCGAAAUUGUCAUCGUUAUUCGAGAAUUAUACACUCGUACACAUCUGGAUGUUAAAACAGAGAAAUAUUAUCUUUCAAGUCUUGAUGGUUAUACUCGAUUAAUCAUCGAAUUAUCAAAAUUGGCAUUAAAAGGUUGGAAUGCGAAACCACCUCGAGCCAUUGAUAUAGCUGAACCGUGUAAUUUACCUACACAAGAUCUUCAUUUAAAACGAGUGGAUUGUGCAAGAUACGUAGCAACAUGGGAUGAAGAUGAUCAAAAUCGUUGGCAUUGCCACACUAAACUUGUGAACAAGAUUUUGAAUUCUGCGUUCUGGCCACUUGAAGAUCAUGAAUUACAAUUUAAUUCUAUAGAUGAUAUGAUUGCAUGGAGAUGGAAACAUUUUCCUUCUAUGCCAUCACCAAACAAUCCACAAUGGUGUGGCGAUAGUGAUGACCUCAUGAGUCGUUUUGCUUUCUUUGGUUUAGCCUGUCAUCAUACUCGAAAACUCGAUCCUGGUAUGGAAAGUAUGGAAUUACAUACAGCAACGCUUACACAUUCAAUACUUAAAUCUGCUCAUUAUGUGAAUGAUAUGACUGCUCUAUCAUUAUUUGCUGUUCGAGCUCCAUUUGAUCGGUAUGGUGCUGCAGCUUAUUUCGAUCGUGAACGUCGUUUAAUUGGUAUUUAUCUUUCUCAUCGUGAUGAAUUAGUCAUGCCUAUGAGUCAUUCAUGUGGUCUUGACAAUGAUUGGACUUAUGCUAAAUAUAUGUGGCGAUCAUCUGCUUUAGCUGAAGUAACGAUACGAGAUCAUCUACUGACUACACACUUCAUUGAAUCGAACACAUUAACAAAUGUAUCACGACAAUUCCUUCCUGCAGCUCAUCCAUUACGAAUCUUUCUCAAACCAUUCACUUAUCGUACUGUGACUAUCAAUUAUUCGGCUGCAACUUCUCUAGUAAAUGCAGGUGGUCUCUGUCAUAGGAUAUGGGGAUUCGAGUACGAUGAAUUUGUUAAACUCUGUGAUUAUGUCAUUGCUCAUUACCGAUUUCGUACGAUGCCUGAUUGGAUUCCUGAUAAUAUGAAACUGAAGAAAAAUCAACAAAAUAAUUAUGAAAAAGAAAAUGUAAACAAUCAUGUAAUUGGAGAGAACAAUGAAAAAUCUGAACAUAAUCAAAAUAAUAAAGUUCAUGAAACAAACGGAGUGUCUGAUAAAAAUCAGUCUGAAGAAUGGGUCAAACAUUAUCCUAUUGCAGAAGAUUUACCUGCUUUUUGGAAUAUAGUACGUGAUUAUGUAAGACGUUUCUUCGAAAUUGAAUAUGGCAAAGAAGAAUCGAAAGAAGAAGAGAAAAAAGGUACAAUGAAGUCAGAACGCACAUUUAUGAUCGAACCUUGUGAACGUCGAUUUAUUGCUGAAUUAUGCAAACCAUUGGGAUUGGAUGGUAUUCCCAGUCGUGCUCAUUUAAUUGAUGUAAUUACGCAGCUCAUGUGUGCAUGUACUGGAAUUCAUGAACAUGUUGGACAUGUUGGUGAUUAUCUUUUUGAUCCUAGUUUUAUUGGUACAAAAUUAAGACGAGAUCUACCAUCUUUAUUGCCAUCUGUACAAAAUUACAGUCUAAUGCUCGUUUUAACUGUAUUAACUGCGAUGAAAAUGCCAGGCUUGAUGGAAGAUUGGAGUCAUCUCAUUCCACGGGUAGCUACUGAUAAUCAUGAAGACAAGUUACCUUCGAUUAUAACUGAAGAACAAGUUAAAUCUCAUCUUGAUAAUUAUUAUUUAUUCAAACAUCAAUUAACUGAACGUAUGGAAAAGAUCGAUAAACGACAUCGAAUGCCAGACACGUUUCCAUUUCAAUCCUUCAAUCCUAGUUUUAUGGAGUGUUCAGUUUCAGUUUAA